AUGGGCAAAGUAAAACGGCAAGACAAUCAUGCCAUCAAGAAGAUUCUCAUGAAGGAGAAGUCGCUCGCCAUGAAGAAGAAACGCGAGGCGGAGAGCUACCACGAAAGCCCCGAGCCCAACACCACGAAGCAGGCGACCAAAGACUAUGCCGCCGUGCUCUUCCGCAAGGCGCAAGUGACGCAGGCGGCCCCGAUGCACACGGCACACUUUCUUUCCUACAACACUGCCCUCGGCCCACCGUACCGCAUAUGGCUAGACACAAACUUCAUUAACUUCUCCAUGCAGAACAAGCUCGACAUAGUGCAAGGCUUGAUGGACUGCCUCCUAGCCAAGGUCAUCCCGUGCAUUUGCGACUGCGUCUUUGCAGAGCUGGAGAAGCUGGGGAAGAAGUUCCGCAUUGCGCUGAAGCUGGCACGCGACAAGCGGUUUGAGCGGCUGACGUGUGACAGCAAGUACGCGGAUGACUGCGUGGUGCGCACCGUGACGCAGCACCCCAUCUAUAUUGUAGCGACGUGCGAUCAGGAGCUCAAGCGGCGCCUGCGAAAGGUGCCUGGUGUACCAAUCAUGUACAUUUCGAAGCAUCGCUACACCAUUGAGCGUCUCCCGGAGGCGUACGGUGCCCCGGCGUAG